CCGGGUUUUGGAGGACUUCGCCCCGCACUUUCCGCCGACAGCAGAGCCCUUAUAGUCAGCAUUUGUACUGGCAACACGGGCAGCGGUCAUUUAUCAGGGCUUACAGCGGUGAUGGAGCCAGAUCCGAGCCUCUUUACAAAACCAAAACUGGCUACUAUGAUAUCCUUGAAGUGGCACCUUCCGCCACUCGAGCCCAGAUAAAAACAGCGUACUACAAGCAGUCCUUCACUUUCCACCCGGAUAGAAACACUGGCAGCGAAGAGGCCACAGUCCGCUUUUCGGAGAUCAGCGAGGCCUACACCGUGCUGGGAAACAAGGGGCUCAGGAAGAAAUAUGACCUGGGACUAUUGAGUCUGGCAGACCUCACCGCUACAGUCAGGCCUUCCGUCAAGGACACGAGCGGGAGCGCAGGCAGACGGCAAACCGACAGCCGACGCUCCGUGGUGGACCCAGACGGCCGAGGAGGCAUCUUUGAUUUCGACCAGUUCUACAAGUCCCACUACAGCGAGCAGCUGCAGAGGCAAAGAGACAUCCGAGUCCGCAAAGAGGAGAUACUGAAGAAGAAACGGGACACUAUAGGCGAGAAGGAAAUGGGCAAGAUGAUGGAGCUGGGAGUUGGUAUGCUGCUGGUGGUAGCCAUAGGUAUACUAAUGAACUUAAAACGGGGAUGAAUACAUCUGCUGGGAAACUGUGGGUCCCCCUUGAAACUCCUCCACUGAUCACAUUAUUAAACAUUUCACCUAAUUUUAAGUCAGUUACUUGAACUAAAUUGUCAUGAAAUUAAACAACAACAAGCAUCCAUUGGUUAAAGCUGGUGAGGAUUUAAGGUUGUUGUUUUUUUUCGUUCAAAUGUGUUGUUGAAAAUAGCUCAUUCUGGAGCUUUGAUCAGCAAAAAAAAGUUAUAUGUGCAACAUGCACAUUUUCUGUUUGUGAAUACGUCAUAUAGAAGAGGUUAAAUAUGACAAAAAUAGAAAUCACUUGUGGUCUUGGUUCAUCCUGUAUUACCUUUUGCACAGCAGCGCUUCGGUGGUUGGUUUACAACCGUUCACUUCAGCUCCUUUGGCUUUAAUAAAGUCAUUUGUCUGGUAGAAAUUAUACAAAUGUUAAUGACAAGCCAAGCUUCAAUGGUAAUGUGUUGCUAUUUAUGACAUAUUUAUAGUAAUAUAAGUAAAGGGUGUGGUAAUAUCUUGAAAGUCCAGCCAAAAUGGGAAUUAAAGCAACUUUAUGGUUAAAAUCAGAUGGUUAUUUUUAAAGAAUGUGCCUUUGAUUAUAUUUAUUGUGAAAUUACUGGGUAUAUUUUUUCAGAUAUUUAAUGAAUAAAAGACUUAUGGGCACUGUU